AUGGGUGAAACCGACGAAAAGGAGACGGGACCAACGGCGACGGCGAACGAGGGUGGGAAACCGGAAACACCCCUACCGACCGGCGACGGGCCGGAGGUGGAGGCGAAGGAGACGGAAAAGCUGCUCGGCAACACCAACGGCACCAACACCGCCGGCCACGAGGAUGGGGACGAGAAAAAGCCCACCGAGAAGAAGAAGAGUAGCAGUGAAAAUGUGGCCAAUGGGGAAGAAAUUAUUAACAUACCGGAAGACGCCGACGGCGAGGAGAAGCACAAGGAGCAGGAUGGUAAGAAGGAGGACGAGACCGAGCCCACCAGCAAGCCGGACAAACCGAACAAGGUGCAGGCGGAGGAGCGCGAGGUGAAACCGAAGAAGGUUCCGGCCGGCGCGUUCAAGCUGCCCGGGUUCUUCAACAAGAACAAGGAAAAGUCCAAGGAGGCCGACGGUGCGGACAACGAGCUGCUGGAGAAGGGUGGAGAGAAUGGCGAGGGCAAGGAUGUGGUCAAGGUGGACGAAGCGAAGCCGACCGGGGCGGAGGAGAAGCCGAAGCGGGGUGGAUUUUUCGCCAACCUCAAGCUACGCAAUCCGUUCGCGAAGAAACCGGCCGAGGACGGUGUGGGUGCAGAUGGUGCAGCGAAGGUGGGCGACAAGGAGGAGGAAGAGGAGAAGGACGAGGUGACGGCGGAGGCGACGGAUAAGCCGGCGGGUGAGGUUGCGGGUGAGACGGUGGAGGAGAAGAAACCGGCCACCGGAGCGGACGAUUCGGAGGGUCCGGUGCCGAAGCGCGGGUUGUUGGACGCGCUGCGCGUUCCGCUGGCAAGCAUCAUCCCAAAGCGCUUCAAGCCGGUGGCGAGCGGGGAUCCGGAUGACGAUAUCGAGCUGGGCAAGACACCAAAGAACCGGGCUGGGUUAGCCUCGAUGGAGACGCUUGACGACUCGCUAAAGGAUGCGGACACGAAGGACGUGGUGGACAAGUCUGGCGUGAAUGGGACGGACGGAGAGGCGCUGGUGAAGCCGGAGGACAAGGAGGCGAAGGACAAGGCGGCCGAGGCGGAGGAGGACGCACAGGAGCGUAGUCUGUUGGAGCGGGUUCAAGCAUACCGGUGCUCUGUUGAUGAUAUUGCCAUCAUUGCCGGUAUCGUAAUCUUCCUCGUCCUUGUGGCGCUGAUCGUCGCGUUCACGUUCGUGGGCAAGAGCGAACCGAUCACGGCUCCGGUUCGCGACGGCAAGUAUAUCGAAACGGUAACGAACUGUGGACGAGUGGAGGGCGUGCUAGAGGAUGGCUCCUUCGCCUUCCGUGGCAUCCCGUACGCGGUUCCCCCGGUCGGUGCGAAUCGUUUUAAAGCGGCCCGACCGAUCGAAAACAUCGAGCACUGCUGGAACGGAACGCUGAAGGCGCACAACGCCACGCCCGUCUGCUGGCAGUUCCUGGCCGACGGUAAGGUGGACGGUGUGGAGGACUGCCUCACGCUCGACGUCAUUACUCCGCACGUUCGCUACGAUAACCCCCUGCCGGUUGUGGUGCUGGUCGGAGCAGAAUCGUUCACCGGUGAUUCGCCGGGAAAACUGCGACCGUCGACGCGAUUUGCCCGUGCACGCGAUGUCAUCUUCGUGCGGCCCAACUUCCGCCUGAACGUGUUCGGUUUCCUGGCGGUGGAGCAGCUGACCAAGAGCACGCAUCCACCGACCUCCGGCAACUACGGACUGACGGAUCUGAUCGUCGCACUCAAGUGGAUCCAGCUGAACAUUCCGCACUUCGGUGGAGAUCCCAAGUCGGUGACGCUGUUCGGACACCGGGCAGGUGGUACGCUCGUGACGGCUCUCGCGUCCUCCAACAAGACCGGCAAGCUGUUCGCCCGCACCUGGGUCUCGUCGGGUGCUGCCAUCUUCCCUGGGAAACCGCUGGCCGAUUCGGAGAAGGCGAACGCGCUGUACAUGCAGAAGGUGAGCUGUGAAACCGCCGAAUGUCUGAUGGAGAAGGGUGACGAGGAACUGCUCGAUGCCGUACCGGAUGUCUGGCGGCGUACGUUCCCCGAUCUACCGGCGGUCGAUGAGAACACGACGACGGCAGCGAACCCGCGCCACGAGUGGUUAGUCCUGGACGGUAACAUCCUGCAGCAGCAUCCGGCCGACGCCUGGACGGCGGACGUUUCCAGCGGCGUGCGGUACAUGAUCGGUUCAACGGCGCACGAAGCGCACAACAGCAGGCUUCACCUGAAGUACACCGAGUGGACGCCCGAGCUGGUGACCAAGCACGUCAACGAGAGCGUGAUCGGACAGGCCGGACUGACGGAGGAUGCGCUCCGACGGUAUAACGCCACCUACCAGGGUCUGGUGGCGAUGAUCUCCGACAUCCGCACCAUCUGCCCGCUGCUCACCAUCGUCCAGAAGCUGCCGAGUGCGCAGUUCUACGCCGUAUCGCAGACGGGUGGCGAGCUCGGCAUCGCGGACGUUGACGCCGACGUACAGGCCAUCCUGGGACGCUACGAACCGAAGACGCCCGAGCAGCGGCGGUACGUGUCCGCCAUGCAGCAGCUUUUCUACCACUACGUCUCGCACGGUGAGAUCAAGCACGAGCUGCGGAAAAAGCACAUCGACAUCGGCCAGGACGCACUCCCGACGUACGACGAUGACAACUGUCGGUUCUGGAUCAAGAACGACAUCGUGCCGCGGUACGCACGGUUAGAUUAAGGUGUCCUCCAGACUCGCCAGACUCGGGUGGGACCAACCAAAAAAAACCAACGGCACCUGGACACGAGCACGGUCACAGGAGCACGGAAGCAGGACACGGCCCUGACAAGACAAAACUGAAAAAAAUAAACAACCGUUGACAGCAACUGGAGGGAAAAGUGAACAAACCUAGCAUUAAGUAACGCAAAUUGUCAACCCUCAAUCUUUAAGACGAAGACCAGUUAUACACAACUAGUAUAUACACAAAUGUACAAGUUUUAGAGUCGUAGUAGCCGGUAACGCGUAGGUGAACUUGUGUGGACUACACAACACACUUGCCAAAUGAAAAACCGAACCAGCUUGGUGCAAAAACUGGG